AUGCCCUGCCCCUCUACCGAUGUCACGUCAGACGAGUGUCAGGAAGGUGGUAACGUUGUGGUUGGGUUCGAUACUGUAGGAGUUCCUGAUGGCGUUGUUGUCUGCGAUGUGCUCACAGUGGUGGUGGUCACUGGUACUGUGGUCGUUGGGGACGGUGAUGCUGUUGUUGAAGUCGGUACUGUAGUGGCGGUAGUGGUUGUUGGGUUCGGGGUGGUGGUCACUGGUAUUGUGGUCGUUGGAGACGGUGAUGCGGUUGUUGAAGUCGUUAUUGCAGUGGCGGUAGUGGUUGUUGGGUUCGUGGUGGUAGUCAAGGGUAUUGUGGUCGUUGGAGACGGUGAUGCUGUUGUUGAGAUCGUUAUUGUAGUGGCAGUAGUGGUUGUUGGGUUCGUGGUGGUGGUCACUGGUAUUGUAGUCGUUGGAGACGGUGAUGCGGUUGUUGUAGUCGGUAUUAUAGUGGUAGUAGAUUGCUUGGUGGUUGUAGAAGGUAGUAACGUUGUUGUUGGUUUUGGUACCGGAGGGGUUACUGAUGGUAUCGUUGUCUUGAUCACGGUGACAGUACUCAUUGGCAAGGUGGUCGUUGGAGAGGGUGGUGCGGUCGUCGAAGCCUGUAUCGUGGUGGUACUAGAUGGCUCUGUGGAUGUAAAAGAUGCUAAAGUGUCUGCUGAGGUAGAUCUCGUAGAAAUCUUUGCCGGCGGAGAAGUCUGCCACGUGCUCCUAACGGAGGUGCGUAUCCUUGAAGGGGACGUUGGAGAAGGCGGAGCAGUUGUUAGCGGUGUCGAUGCUAAACAUAUAAUCUUACGUUAUGCAUGUGCUUCCAGGAAGAACGUUCCAUAG